AUGCAAGGAAGAAAAGCAGUUUCAAUCCUAAAUGGAAUACUAUGGGAUAAGAAUAUAACUAUAGAAAACAAAAAAAUAAUUUACAAUUCCAUCGUAAAAAGCAUAAUUACCUACAGCUCUGAAGUAUGGCCCUUAAAAGAGAAAACUGAAAGAACGCGAAAAGCCACGGAGAUGGACUUUUGGAGAAGAUCGGCUGGAAAAUCCAGAAUAGAUAAAAUACCAAGUGAAACCAUAAGACGCCAAAUGGAACUAAAACACGACAUCGAAGAUGACAUUAGAACUCAGCAAUUAAUAUGGUAUGGACAUGGUCAAAGAAUGGAAGAACAUCGAAUCCCAAAGAAAAUAUUCAAUUGGAACCCUCAAGGUAGAAGAAAAAUAGGAAGACCAGGCAGGAGCUGGAGAGAGGGUAUUGAUAAAGAAGUUUUGUACAGAGGUUUGGAAGUAAAUGGAUGGGGAGAUAGAGAGAGGUGGAGACUAGGAAUCGAAAGACGGGAAACCGUUAUAACCCGAUUAUAUAUAUAUGGAGUUAUGUUUUAG